CCUUAAAUUUUGCGCGUCUUCUUUGCUCUCGCUCUCCGUGUACCCGCUCGCGCCGACCUCAUUCUUGCUGCUGUGUUCCCUCCAUUCACUUCCACCCGUUUUCUUCAUCUUCUACAUCGCACCACCUCUGAUUUCCUCCAUUGAUUCGACCUCGAACUUCGCCAAUCUCACAAAGAUAUUGCAUAGAAAACGACCAAGGUUCAAAUUUCCAGUCUAUUCUUUAAUGGUUAGUAUGUCAAUGGAUGUAAAUGGAAAAUGCAUUGAAGCUGCAAAUAAUGAUCAGUUAAAUGAUUUUCCUUACAAUGUAAACCUAUCUAAAUCUGGUGUUAGCAACUCAGAAUGUACUGAUGAUGAAGAUGAAGAUGAGGAUUUGGAUUUAGAUUUCAACCCUUUGUUAAAUGAUUCUCCGUCUAUAGAAGCUCCUUCCAGUUUGAGCUCUGAUAGUGACAAAAGUACUGAUUCCUUGGAUACAGAUAUAUCGUCGAAGACACUAGGUAAUGAAUAUGCGCAAGAAAAUGAUUAUGAUAUGAAAUUAAAGAGGAGAAAAUUGGCUAUAGUUUCUGAUUCUGAUCCUGGUACACUUAUUGAACACGUGAAUAGCUUAAGCAGUUGGAUAGAUGCUGGUAAAGAUGUCACGGGUGAAGGAACUUCACGUUGUCAGAAGCUAUUUGAUUCAAAUGAUGAAAAUGCUAUUUGUAAACGUACAAGAGCUCGCUAUUCUCUUGCCAGUUUCAAGUUGGAGGAACUAGAGAUUUUUCUUCAUGAAAAAGAUGACGAUGAUGAUGAUGAGGAUGAUAUUCAAAAUGUUGAUGAUGAAGAAGAGUACAGAAAAUUUCUUGCUUCUGUCUUACCAGGUGGAGAAGAAAACGUUGAUGAUGAAGAUGAAGAAAAUGAUUCUGAUUUUGAACUUGAACUUGAAGAGGCACUAGAGAGUGAUCUUGAUGAAAACACAAGGCAUGGCUUGGAAGAAGAGCUUAAGCAUUCUUGUGGAGGACCUGAAACCAGGCAAAAUAAACACAAGAAAGCUGUCGAUCUGGGAACAAACAAACAUUUGGGUCAUGUAAAUAGGACAUUGCGUCCACUUUUACCAAGUGCACCAAUUACAUCUUUCCCUGUUUAUGUUCCUUCUUCAGAGCAUAGUGGUGCUAUAAAUGGAUUCACUCCAUACCAACUUGGUCAGUUGCAUUGUUUAGUAUAUGAGCACGUGCAACUUCUUAUCCAAGUAUACUGUCUUUCCAUUUCCGAGCCCUCUCAACAGCACAUUGCCUCCCAAAUCCAAUAUUUAAUUUCAGAGAUGCUUAACAGACGUGAUCAAGCAACAGACCAGAGAAGGAAUUGGCAUGCUUCUGGUACCAUGCAAUCACCUGGUGCCAGUCCCAUAGAAAAGAGACAAUUUUCUUCUAAUAGGCAAGAGAUUGAGACUCAAAUUAUUGACAUCAACUUCCCUUUAUCAUCUGUUACUGGCCCUAUACUCUCUGUUCUUGAUGUUACUCCACUAAGUUUAGUUGGGAAGUUUAUGGACGAUGUAACUGCUGAUAUGCAGGAGUAUCAACAGAGAAGUAUCCAAGCUACCUGUGAUAAUCCUGUUGAAAGGGAUCCUUUGUUUCCUUUUCACAUACAUCCUUCUUCUCAAACUGAUACUGAAGUUCCUAAAGGCACAAUUGCUCAAACAACAAAGGCUCCUUCUUCCUUCCAUGAUUAUCCACCAAAGAAGACAUUGGCUACCACACUUGUUGAAAGGUCCAAAAAGCAGUCAAUAGCUCUUGUCCCAAAGUCAAUUGCGAAGUUAGCUCAGAGGUUUUACCCUCUGUUUAAUUCAGCAUUGUUUCCUCAUAAGCCACCUCCACCAUCUGUUGCAAAUAGGGUGGUCUUCACAGAUGCAGAGGAUGAGUUAUUAGCUCUAGGUUUGAUGGAGUUCAAUACUGACUGGAAAGCAAUUCAACAACGCUUUCUUCCCUGUAAGUCAAAGCAUCAGAUUUUUAUAAGGCAGAAAAAUCGUGCAUCCUCAAAAGCACCUGAAAAUCCAAUUAAGGAAGUUCGGAGACUGAAAAACUCUCCCUUGACCAUGGAGGAAAUAGCACGUAUUCAAGAGGGAUUGAAGGUUUUCAAACUUGAUUGGAUGUCUGUGUGGAAAUUCGUUGUCCCAUAUCGAGAUCCAUCCUUGCUUCCACGUCAGUGGCGCAUUGCUAAUGGGACACAGAAGUCAUAUAAAGCAACUGCAGAUGAAAAAUUGAAGCGCAGAAUAUAUGAUUUCAAUAGAAAGAAUUACAAACCUACUCUUGCAAGUUGGCAAGUUCCAUCGGGAAAAUAUGACUGUCAGACAAAAGCUUCGGUUGUGAAAAACAAGAGUGGGGAUGAUAAUGUAGUUAACAAAGGUGAAGCUUAUGUUCAUGAAGCCUUUUUGGCAGAUUGGAGGCCUGGUUCCUCAAUUCCUCUUCGAUCUGAAGUUUCAUCAUCAAAUAUUAUGGAGAGAAACCAACAAAAUCAUUUGCUGCCAGAAGCAAGUUCCCAUCAUGCUUUUAUGUCCCCACGCCGUUGGAAACACCUCAACUCUAAUCGAGUUCACAGAACAAAAGGAAACUUAGUAAAGUUAGCUCCAGGUUUGCCUCCUGUUAAUCUUCCUCCAUCUGUUAGAGUGAUGUCACAAUCAUCUUUCACAGCUAAGGAAGUCUUGGCUCCUAAAAUUGUUAAUCAAAAUUCAACAUCAAAAGAAAUCAUUCCAACACUUCCUCCAGGAGCCGUUGCUCUGCAGAAUAAUAAACCUCGUGACAUGAAUUCUCGUCAGUCAGAUCUAGAGAUGCAUCCUUUGUUUUUCCAGUCCAAUGGAGAUGGCCGAUUACCAUUUUCCCCAUCCAACUCUAGAAAUUUAGAAACUUCUUUCACUUUCGUCAAUGGAAAGAAGACUCAGCUAAAUCUCAUUAAGGGAAAGGAUUGGUUUGACAAGUCUGCGGUUUCUUCUUCUGCAAAUAUUUUUGAUUUCCAUCCACUUCUGCAAAAAGAGGAUGUCACCAACAAUAAUUUAUUAGUUUCUAAUUCAACUGAGGUAGGUCAAAAAUCGAUCUCCGUUAGUUCAGAAACAUUACAGGCUGCCUCUGCCAAAUUCUGUGAUCCAAAUGAACAGGCUGACAUAAAUGCCUCGGGUCAUGGAGUUACCACAGAAAAUGAAACUGAAAAUAUGUUCAAUAAGCAAAACGAGUCUCAAACAGCAGUUCCAUUUCCAGACAAGCUCGAUUCAGGUCUCCAUACAGUGGUCACGUGUGAUCUUAAUGCUCCUGCCUAUGGGUCUCUUCCGGAAAUUGUGAUGGAACAAGAGGAGUUGAGUGACUCCGACGAAGAAACUGGAGAGAAUGUUGAGUUUGAAUGUGAAGAAAUGGAUGACUCUGAUGAUGGAUGAGCCAGAACAUGCUAGAGACAGUUAUAGUCAGUGUUUUAAAGGAACAAAGCAGCAGCCAUACCAAAAUGGGAUCUGAAAUUGAGAAUGUGUUCAAGCUAAAGGAAGACACCAAGUUGUUUCAAUAAAGAGAUCUCUGUUCAUUGUGGCUCUAUUGUAUGAUUUUGCUGAAGUUAUCAGGUACUCAACAUUCAUUCUCAUUUGUAUUAUAUGUUUAUCAUAUACUGCUUUAUUUAGAGUUGGGAUAAAUUUUGGUGAAAGGUCAAAGAAUAAACAACAUUCUGUAUUUAGUUUUCUUGUUAGAUUGCAAGGAGUCCCGAGGUUAUUUUUUAGAACCCUUGAGAACACGCGAAGAUAGCGUGUUCAUACGAUUGAGUACCACUACUUGUUCUAUUUUCUAUUUGCAAUGAUAUAACACUUAAAUUUGUUAAAUUGUAGUUUAGAAUAAAUAUAAUAAUUCCCUUAUUAGCCU